AUGUCAAAAUUACCACAAAGAAGUGAAGAAGAAGCAGGUUCGCUUCUUGGAACAUAUUUACUACAAGGAUGGGUGAUGACUGAUAAACUUUGCCCUGUGACCGAUUGUUCUUAUCCUUUGAUGAGAUCGAAGGAUGGAUCUAUUUCCUUUUGUACAUUACAUGAUCCACUUCCUAACAAACCAACAUCAACAACAACAACAACAACAACAAAUCAAAAGAAGCCUUUGACAAACAAUGAGCCUGUUGCGGAUCAACUUGCACUUCAACGACAGAGACGAGAACAGUCUUCAAAAGCAUCUCAGUUGAUUGGAGAAAAGAUGUUGCAGAGAUGGACACUCUUGAACGAACACUGCCCAAAUGAUACAUGUUAUGCUAUACCCUUAGUUCGUCACCCAGAGACAAAACAAAUGUAUUGUGUUAUAUGUGAAAACAUCAUUGAUCCUGAAGGACAACAACAACAAGAAGUCAAAAAGAAUGAAAACAUAAAACAGCAAAAGAAGGAAGAUCAAUCGAUCAAACAAGAGACAGUUAAUAGAACAAUAGCUCAUAAACGACAAAAGACAACAACAUCAUCCGUCUUUUCAACCAAAUCCAUUCUGUCAACACUUGCCGCCAAGAUGGAUUACUUGAAUGAAGAAGUCAAGGAAACUUAUGAUCCUAGUGAACUUGCUAAAUUGUUUGAUUCAAUCAAGUCAUGCGCUCAAGCUAUAGAAGCCUGUGUCGAAGCCGGAAAAGUUUAUGACAAGACCCUGGGGAGGGAUUAA